AUGCAUUCAGGCAAACGACAUAUCGCUCGAAACGUUUUGGGGGCGGUAUGGAAGGAUAAGUUCACUGGCAUUCAGGUACCUAAAAAGACCAAUGACGGAGCGUCUUUGGCUGCGAGUACUGAUUUUAUUGCAAGUUGCUGGGAAUCUGGCGGUGGUGGAACUGUUUGUGUAAUUGGCGUCGAUCAAAUAGGUGAAAGAAGGCAGAAGCAGUGUUUUUUCCGUGGCCAUACUGGCGCGAUCCAAGAUAUUCAAUUCUGCCCGUUCUACAGCGCGAUUUUUGCGACAGCAUCUGAAGACAGUACAGUAAAGUUAUGGGACUGCGGAAGCAUGUGGUCGUCGGAAGAGGAGCCGCGACAAGAUCCCGUGGCAACCUUGAAGGGUCAUGACAAACGCGUCUGCUUUAGUGUCUUCAACCAUGUGGCAGAGUGGGUACUGGCAACGGGCGCGAUAGAUUGCACAGCACGAGUCUGGGAUUUGGAGGUUCAAGCACCAAUUCUCACGCAGUCUUUUUCCAGCCAUCCGGUUGGGAUGCGCUGGGACGCGUCAGCGAGCCUGUUGGCGGUAGCAACCAAAGCCCGUGAGAUUUGCAUUUGGGAUCCCCGGGGCCAAGCGUUCGUGACUGAACCAAUUCAAGCGCAUGAGGGUGCCAAGCCUGUGAGAUUGGAGUGGUCCUCUGGCUCCAGAGGAAUUGGGGACCAUUAUGUGAUUUCUACGGGCUUCAGCAAGACGGCAGAACGCCAAUUACGCCUAUGGGACACGCGCCGAAUGUCGACUCACGUUGCGGAAGCUGAGCUCGACCGUUCAGCUGCAAUCCUUCAGCCUUACUUUGACCCAGGCACUGGGCUUCUUCUCCUUCACGGCAAAGGUAACAGAAAUAUCCUCUUCUAUGGAUUGGAGUCGGACGACUUCAUAAAAUUUGGUGCGUUUGAAUCGUUGGAUUCUUGGAAGGACUUUGCGAUUGCGCCCAAGCGAGGAGUGGACGUGAUGAAGUGUGAGGUCUUGAGGGGAUAUGGAUCGUUGGACGGUGGCUACAUCCAGCCGGUAUCUCUUUGCGUUCCGAGACGGAAUAUGUCAGAGUUCCAAGAAGAGUUGUUCCCUCCUUGUUUUGCUGGCGAGCCGGCUGUCACCACUGAGGAGUGGUUUGGUGGCCAGACCGCAGCCCCAAUCCUGGCCUCCAUGUCUCCAGUGAAUGGCAUUUCUCCGUUCGCCCCCAAGCGGCCUCGUGACGUGAGGCGUCUGGAGUUUUCGAGAGAGCGGACCGCCAUACGGGAGACGUCCUCGGUGCUCAAGAAAGCACUCAGCGUCACAACCCAAAAUCUCGGCUCCCGAGUGAAGGAGCUAGAGACGAUCAUUGAAGACCAAUCCGAGGUCAUCCAAGGGCAGUCGGAAACCAUUCGAAAACAAGACAACAAGCUCUCUCGCCUCACCAAGGAACUGGCGACGACCAAAACACUACUCGAAGAGAAAGACCGGCUACUGGCCUCAUCCAG